GAGAAAGGCUCUAUAAACACGUUUCUCCAACGAAAAAACAAAAUUCGCAUAUCCUUCUAAUUUUUCAUUUUUUUUUACCCCAAUUUGAUAAUAUCUCUCUCUCAUAAACUUUCUCCCUCUAAAAAAACACUCACCACCACCACAACCGCCGUCGCCGUCGACGAUAACCCGAAACAACGCCGUCUUCUGAAAUCGGAUACGCCAUCUCCCGGCGCAUCUUAGCCGCCGCCAUCGCCGCAUAUCCCCACCACCGCGCACGACCCUUAACCUGACCCGGAAAACCGAAACGAUAAACCGGUUUCCUUGGCCCGGCGGUCAUUUUCCGGCGAGGCCACGUGGGAAAAGGUGCGCACGAUUAUUAACCUGCGCGCACCCUCUAUUUCUCUCCCUACCUGUAUUGACCUUGUUUAGUAGGGGUUCUUACAGAGGUGCAGACAUUGUUUUAACGAUUCCAUAGAAGUUCCAUGUGAAGGGAUGGCCUUUUUCAGGAAUUAUUCUAAUGAAACAGUUUCACGAAGUGUCCUGGAAGAAAAGAACCGGGGACAAAGUCUUGAAAGAAUUCACAGUUCCACAGGGAAUGAGGAUGUAGAUGUGAUUUCUUGUGAAAAGGAAUUUGAUAUGAACAUGCACGUGCAGUAUCAAAGUGAAGGUGAACAAGAUGCUAGUAGGUUGCAGAAUGAGGCAGAAAAUGACGAGGGUAUUGCUACAAGAGCUUCUAAUUUGCCGUCUUCUGGGAGGAGAACGGCGGUGGCUGGAAAAUGGGGUUCUACCUUUUGGAAGGACUGUCAACCUAUGUGCUCACAGGGCGGGUCUGACUCUGGGCAGGAAACUAAAAGUGGGUCUGAUUACAGAAAUGCUGUUGGAUCUGAAGAUAAUUCUUCGGAUGUCAGGGAAGAUAGAAUAGAUUUUGAAGACAAUGACAGGCCAAAAGUAAGCAAGGGACAACGGGGACAUUCUGACAUCCCUGCAGAUGAGAUGUUGUCUGAUGAAUAUUAUGAGCAGGAUGGGGAAGAACAGAGUGACUCUAUGCACUAUAGAGGGUUUCAUCAUUCAGUUGGGUCGAAUUCUAGGCCACAAUCAAAACCUGCUGCAGUCAGCAACCAUGCACAUAGGACUUCUAGAGUUUUAAAUGAUAAUGAAGAUUAUGAUGAUGGUGAUGAUGACAACGAAAAUAUUGAUGCUGCUGAUGCUGAUUAUGAAGAAGAAGAUGAAGAUGAAGAUGAUCCUGAUGAUGCAGAUUUUGAACCUGAUUAUGGUGUUGCAAGUGGUCGUGCAGUGCAAAAGGAUAAAGAUUGGAGUGGUGAAAAUUCUGAGGAAGAUAAUGACAGUGAUGAUGAGCUUGAUGUGUCAGAUGAAGAUAAUUCUUAUUAUGGAAAGAAACCUAAGAGUAGGCAUCGUGGUAAAGGUGGGCUUAGUGUUAAAUCUACAAGAGAACGCAAAUCAUAUCAUGCAUCUAGUCGCCAAAGAAGAGGGAAGUCUUCCUUUGAUGAUGAAGAGUCCUCGGCGGAGGAAUCUGAAAGUGAAAGUGAUGAGGACUUUAAAAGCACAAAAAGAAAAGGUGUACAUCUCCACAAAAGUAAUGGCCGAAAAAAUGUCACUGGACGAAAUGGUGAGGUACGGACUUCUACUAGAUCUGUUCGGAAGGUUUCAUAUGUUGAAAGUGAAGGAAGUGAUGAAGUUGAUGAAGGGAAGAAAAAGAAGUCCCAAAAGGAGGAGAAUGAAGAAGAGGAUGGUGACUAUAUUGAAAAGGUGCUCUGGCAUCAGCCAAAAGGCAUGGCUGAAGAAGCUCUGAGGAAUAAUAGAUCAAUAGAGCCUGUCUUGUUAAGUCACUUGUUCGAUUCUGAGCCAGAUUGGAAUAGUAUGGAAUUCUUGAUAAAAUGGAAAGGCCAGUCCCAUUUGCACUGUCAGUGGAAAUCAAUUUCCGAGCUACAAAAUCUUAGCGGUUUCAAGAAGGUUUUAAAUUACACUAAAAAGGUGAUGGAGGAUGCUAAGUACAGGAAGACAAUCUCACGUGAGGAGAUUGAGGUCCAUGAUGUGAGCAAAGAAAUGGACUUAGAUCUCAUCAAGCAAAAUAGUCAGGUGGAGAGAAUAAUUGCAGACCGGAUCAGGCAAGAUAGCUCAGGUGAUGUGGGACCCGAAUAUCUAGUCAAGUGGCAAGGAUUGUCUUAUGCUGAAGCAACAUGGGAGAAGGACGUGGAUAUCGCAUUUGCACAAGAUGCUAUUGAUGAGUUCAAGGCUCGUGAAGCUGCAAUGGCUGUACAAGGGAAAAUGGUGGAUCUCCAGCGCAAGAAAACCAAAGGAAGUCUAAGGAAGCUUGACGAACAGCCCGAAUGGUUGAAGGGAGGAAAGCUACGUGAUUAUCAGCUUGAGGGUUUGAAUUUUCUUGUUAAUAGUUGGAGAAAUGAUACCAAUGUCAUUUUAGCUGAUGAAAUGGGUCUUGGUAAAACUGUUCAAUCAGUUUCAAUGCUUGGUUUUUUACAGAAUGCUCAACAGAUCCACGGGCCAUUUCUUGUUGUUGUACCAUUAUCCACGUUGUCAAACUGGGCCAAAGAAUUUAGGAAAUGGCUCCCUGAUAUGAAUGUUAUUGUGUAUGUUGGUACCCGUGCAAGCAGAGAGGUUUGUCAGCAGUAUGAAUUUAACAACAGUAAAAUAGUUGGCCGGCCUAUAAAAUUCAAUGCACUAUUGACUACAUAUGAGGUGGUUUUAAAGGAUAAGGCUGUUCUUUCCAAGAUAAGGUGGAAUUAUCUAAUGGUUGAUGAAGCUCAUAGGUUAAAGAACAGUGAGGCACAGUUGUACACAACCCUCUUGGAAUUUAGCACCAAGAACAAGUUGCUUAUAACUGGUACUCCAUUGCAGAACAGUGUGGAAGAGUUAUGGGCUCUGCUGCACUUCCUUGACUCUGAUAAGUUCAAGAAUAAAGAUGAUUUUGUUCAGAGCUACAAGAAUCUCAGUUCAUUCAAUGAGAUUGAGCUUGCUAAUCUUCAUAUGGAAUUGAGGCCUCACAUUCUCCGAAGAGUUAUUAAGGAUGUGGAGAAGUCUUUGCCUCCAAAAAUUGAACGAAUUCUUAGGGUUGAAAUGUCUCCCCUUCAGAAACAGUACUAUAAGUGGAUUUUGGAACGCAACUUCCAUAAUUUGAACAAAGGAGUUCGUGGAAAUCAGGUUUCAUUGUUGAAUAUUGUGGUAGAGUUGAAGAAAUGUUGUAAUCAUCCCUUCCUGUUUGAAAGUGCUGACCAUGGUUAUGGAGGGGACUCGAGUACCAAAGAUGGCAGUAAACUGGAGAGGAUUAUUUUAAGCAGUGGGAAGCUGGUUAUACUCGAUAAGCUUCUUAUGAGAUUGCAUCAAACAAAGCACCGUGUUCUGAUUUUUUCCCAGAUGGUAAGAAUGUUGGACAUACUGGCGGAGUAUAUGUCAAUUAGAGGGUUUCAAUUUCAACGCCUUGACGGAAGUACGAAGGCCGAUUUACGCCACCAGGCAAUGGAACAUUUUAAUGCACCUGGCAGUGAAGAUUUUUGCUUCCUGCUUUCAACUCGAGCAGGUGGCCUUGGUAUCAACCUUGCCACAGCGGAUACAGUUAUAAUAUUCGAUUCAGAUUGGAAUCCUCAAAACGACUUGCAGGCAAUGAGUAGAGCUCACAGAAUUGGGCAACAGGAAGUUGUUAACAUCUAUAGAUUUGUCACGAGCAAAAGUGUUGAGGAAGAUAUCCUGGAAAGAGCUAAGAAAAAGAUGGUGCUUGACCAUUUGGUGAUUCAAAAAUUAAAUGCAGAGGGUAGGUUGGAGAAGAAAGAAGCAAAAAAAGGAACUUUAUUCGACAAAAAUGAGCUGUCUGCUAUUUUAAGAUUUGGAGCUGAAGAACUUUUUAAGGAAGAGAAAAAUGAUGAAGAAAGCAAGAAAGGACUCUUAAGUAUGGAUAUUGAUGAGAUUCUUGAAAGAGCGGAAAAAGUUGAAGAGAAGGAAGCUGAAGAGGACGGGAAUGAAUUGUUGAGUGCUUUUAAGGUUGCAAAUUUUGGUACCGCUGAAGAUGAUGGUAGUUUUUGGAGCCGUUGGAUAAAGCCGGAAGCAGUAUCCCAAGCCGAAGAAGCUCUUGCCCCUCGUACUAAAAGGAAUACCAAGAGCUAUGCAGAAGUUGCGCAGCCUGAUAGAAGUAAUAAAAGGAAAAAGAAAGAAUCUGAGCCUCAGGAAAGAGUCCAGAAAAGGCGCAAAGCAGAUUAUUUAGUUAGCUCAGCACCAAUGAUUGACGGAGCAUCUGCUCAAGCAAGGGGAUGGUCAUCUGGGAAUUUAUCUAAGAGAGAUGCAUUGCGGUUUUCCCGUGCGGUUAUGAAAUUUGGGAAUGAGAGCCAAAUUGCCUUAAUAGUUGAGGAGGUCGGAGGUGCAGUUGCAGGAGCUUCACUUGAAUCACAGGUUGAGCUUUUCAAUGCAUUGAUUGAUGGCUGCAAAGAAGCAGUGGAAGUGGGGAGUUUGGACCAGAAGGGGCCCUUGCUGGAUUUUUUUGGUGUCCCUGUCAAGGCUGUUGAUAUGCUCAACCGUGUUCAUGAACUUCAGCACCUGGCAAAACGCAUUAGUCGAUAUGAGGAUCCCAUUGAACAGUUCCGUGUGUUGACAUACCUCAAACCUUCAAAUUGGUCGAAAGGUUGUGGCUGGAAUCAGUUUGAUGAUGCAAGAUUGCUUCUUGGAAUAUACUACCAUGGAUUUGGAAAUUGGGAAAAGAUACGAUUAGAUGAAAGGCUUGGUCUUAUAAAGAAAAUUGCUCCCGUGGAACUUCAACACCAUGAAACAUUUUUACCCCGCGCUCCAAAUUUGAGAGAUCGUGCCAACGCUCUUCUCGAAAUGGAAAUUGCAGUUUAUGGGGGGAAGAAUGCAAAUGCUAAAGUGGGUCGUAAGGCUUCUAAGGAGAGGGAGAAUCCUCUCAUUGUUUCUUUAGCUCACAGGGGCAUCAAGAAAGGAAAAGCCGGUUCUUCUAGACUCAAUAUCGAAAUGAACAAGAACAGACCUUUGAAACCCCAGAAAGUUGAACCUUUAGUGAAAGAGGAGGGUGAAAUGUCAGAUGAUGAAGAAGUGUAUGAGAAGUUUAAGGAGGAGAAAUGGAUGGAAUGGUGUGAAGAGAUGAUGGCUGACUCAAUUAAGACAUUGAAUCGUCUUGAACGGUUGCAGACGAUUAGUGCCAAUCUUCCAAGGGAUACGGUGCUUGCAAAAGUUAAAAAUUAUUUAAAGCUUCUUGGACGAAGGAUAGACCGAAUUGUUUUAGAUAACGAGGAGGAACCACAUGGACAAGAUAAGAUGACAAAGCGCUUGUGGAACUAUGUUUCUACCUUUUCAAACCUGUCUGGGGAGAGACUUCAAGACAUUUAUUCGAAACUUAUACUGCAGCAGGAUGAGGAGGUUGGGCCUUCCCACAUCAAUGGCUCUGCAUCUGGUCCCUUUGGCAGAGACAGUGACCCUACUCCAUUUUCCCGUCAUGCGGACAGGCAAAGAGGGUACAAAAAUGUGACCAACUAUCAAUCUUUUGAACUUCAGAAGGGUCAUGAUACAGCUAAAUCUGAAGCAUGGAAACGAAGGAGGAGAGGAGAAACCGAUAGUAAUUUACCAGUUCAGGCCUCAUCUCAAAGAAUUAUCAGCAAUGGUACUCGGUUAACCGAUCCAAGCUCACUAGGGAUUCUUGGUGCAGGACCACCUGAAAAUAAACGCGUUGCGAAUGAAAGGCCUUAUAGGAUGCGACAGGCAGGUUUAGCCCAAAAACAAGGUUUUACAGGUAUCAAGUAGUGUUGCAUACAAUAGGAAAGCAGCUGGUUAAAAAGUGAAGGCGACUGGCUCUCACCUGGGAGCACUUCCGACUUCAGCCCUUCCGACUUCAGCCUAUAUAUAUUCUCUGGAAUUUUUUUUGUCAACCAUGGGAAUAAGUUCUUGGAGAUCCUACUUUCUGGGACGAUCGGAACAGGUCCACAAAAUGGGAUUUGCAUCAUUGAACAAGAUGCAAGGAUUGCCUGUCGUCUGCAAGGCUUGUGGAAUUUUGCUGCCAUAUUUUUUUAUCUUUCGUUUUCUGAAGAUGAGUUCGGUUGGUAUUAUGUUCACGUAUAUAGAGCAAUUUAGUGAAAAAGUUUUUCUACUCAUCUGAUAUAUACAUACAGAAGGAGAAUGUAUUACGCCUUCAGAAAGUGUACAUUAUCAAUUUUGAAGUAGUUGGUGGUAUUUUCUCUCCCAAGUUUUGGAGAUUUUUUAAUUGAAUUGUUGAUAAGUUAAUACUUU